AGCAAUGCAACCUCAGUGAUGUCACCCCACCAUGCCACCAGAGGUGACGUAGCACCGCUUCCAUGGAAUGACUCUCCAGGACCUGGAUAUGAAUUUCACUUACCUGUACCCGAGCAUCCAGGACUUACACUGCCAGUUAGAACCGGGAGCAUCCUGCACCAACGCCACUUCCUUAGGCCUUGACUGCUCCGAAGACAGGUCCUUCGACUUCACCUGCGAUUUAAACCUCGAUAUUCAGAAUGAGACGGUCUACAGCUGCCAUUCUUGCAUCAAUGAUACAGUGGGCUUUACUAACGGUUCUCUAUGCAACACUGGAUUUCAGUUGAACCUCGUCACCGCCAUCUUCGAAAGUGCGUUCAAAACUCUCUGGAUGAAACUCCCUAACACUGAUUUCUGCGAGUGGGACUCCCUUUUCUGCUACAGUAAAGGCUUCAAUCGAACGUUAUACGUCAAAGACGGUUCAGUGAACAGUAUAGAAGGAUAUCAGUGCACGUGGAACUUUAGGAACGGGUCAAGUGACGUCAUAGGACCCAAGAAUUACGACUGGAGUUUUUUAUUUGUGAUAUUAUUUAUAAUAGCGGGUGGGGUGGGGAAUAUACUUGUGUGUUUGGCGGUGUGCUUGGACAAGAGACUGCAGAACGUGACGAACUAUUUCCUGCUGUCGUUGGCGAUAGCUGAUUUGCUAGUCAGUUUGUUUGUAAUGCCAAUGGGGGCGAUACCCGGAUUCCUUGGUUACUGGCCCUUGGGUGUGGUGUGGUGCAACGUGUACGUCACGUGCGAUGUGCUCGCAUGUUCCGCCAGCAUCAUGCACAUGUGCUUCAUCAGCAUCGGCAGGUACCUCGGCAUCAGGAACCCUCUGAAAAGCCGGCACCACUCCACCAAGCGGGUGGUGGUCAUCAAGAUAGCUCUCGUGUGGCUCCUCAGCAUGUUUGUGUCCAGUUCCAUUACAGUUUUGGGUCUGAUCAACCGCAACAACAUAAUGCCAACCCCAGAGCUGUGCGUGAUCAACAACCGUCUGUUCUGGGUGUUCGGCUCGCUGGUCGCGUUCUACAUCCCCAUGCUGACGAUGGUGGUGUCGUUCGCGCUGACGGUGCAGCUGCUCAAGCGGCAGGCGCGGCUCGCGGCCGCUCCGGCGCCCGGGGGAACGCAAAGGAGGCAAUGCGGAGGGUUCGACAACAUGCCCAUGCAAGGCUUCCGAAGGGUUGGGGCCAGGAGUUCUCCCGAUCUGUCUCCUGGGACAUCAGUCUCGAGACAGCUGACCUGGCGGGUCACUAGUGCAACAAGCAGGACACAAAGAAACAAAAUCGGCGUGAGCGUCUCCCACCCUCAGCUGAGCUAUAUGAACGGCUGCGGGGGUGCGGGGUCUAAUUCCCGGAGGGGGAAGGAUGUGGCAACUCAGACCCCUCCCAGCAUAGCGGCAGAGACCAGGCGAGCGAGGCUCAGGCCACUGAAAUUGACCCUGGCCACACCGAAUGCUUUAACACUAAGGUUUCUAGCCAAUCGCAAGAAGGGGCGCUCACUGUCGGCCAACGCUGUGGCCAACGAGCAGAAAGCGACCAAAGUCCUGGGCCUGGUGUUCUUCACCUUCGUGCUGUGCUGGGCGCCUUUCUUCCUGCUCAACAUGCUGUUCGCCUCGUGUCCUGCUUGUAUAGUUCCAGAACACGUAGUGGAUAUCUGCCUGUGGCUGGGCUACGUGUCGUCUACCAUCAACCCCAUCAUCUAUACUGUGUUCAACCGAACCUUCAGAGGAGCUUUUCUCAGGCUGCUGCGGUGUCAUUGUCAUAGACGCGGCAGGUGUACAAGGUACAGAUCAGUUAACUCCACGCGUGGGGCGUCUCAACUCUGUGCCAGGUCGGCUCUACCCCUCGCUAUAUCCUUAAGACCUUCAGCGAUGCCAACGACAUCUCCUAAUACCCAGGAUUCCACAGAAACUGUCCUGAUGGAGACGGCUCUUGGCGACUACAAUGUUCGAUAUUAAAGUGUUCUACUUAAUAGUUUUAUAACUGUGGAAGGACAUACAUACAUCAGGAUUUGGUACAGUAUUAUGUUUAACUUUGUGAUUAGUUUUUUCAAGGGCACAAUAAUUAGUUUUACUGUAGAUAAUGUCUAUUUCUGAAGACAUUGUUUCAUGUAUGACAUCGUUAUUUAAGUGUUUACU